GUGCUAAUUAUCCAAAGCCCCAGUAUUCUUUUCUCUGUUUUCAGGGUCAAGCUUUUUUUGCUCUUAUUCAUCUUUGUCUUCAUGGGCUUGUGCUGUAGGGCAGCCAACAGAAUUAAGGGUUUUUGUUGCUAUGGUCAUAACCCAAAAAAUCCUAGCAAAUCACACACCACAGUUCCUUCAAAUUGUCAAACAAAGGGGAAGAUCCUAGACUCGCCUAAUUUGAAAAGCUUUUGCUUCAGUGAACUGAAAAAAGCCACAAAGAACUUCAGUGCAGGUAAUGUGAUAGGCAAAGGUGGCUUUGGUUAUGUCUUCAAAGGUUGGAUUGAUGAGAACUCAUUGAAGGCUGCUACGCCUGAGAUUGGCAUUGCUAUUGCUGUUAAGGUGCUUGACCAAAAGGGUUGCCAGGGUGAACAAGAAUGGUUGGCUGAAAUAAAGUACCUGGGCCAACUAUGUCAUCCAAAUCUUGUGAAAUUGAUCGGCUAUUGCUUGGAGGAUGGCCACUGGCUUUUGGUUUACGAGUUUAUGCCUAAUGGAAGCUUAGAUAAAUAUCUAAUUAGAUUGGAUUUUCUUAAAGCAGAGGAUUCUUAUUCUGUUCAACCACUCUCUUGGAAUCUUCGUAUGAAGGUUGCCCUUGGUGCUGCUAAGGGCCUAGCAUUUCUUCAUGAUGAGGCACAAGUGAUAUAUCGAGACUUUAAGACAUCAAAUAUCCUGCUUGAUACAAACUUUAAUGCUAAGCUCUCCGAUUUUGGGCUGGCAAAGGAUGGACCAACAGGUGAUAACAGCCAGAUUACUGCGAGGAUCUUGGGUACCCGUGGUUAUGUAGCUCCUGAGUAUGUGAAUACAGGUUGUCUCACCGCAAAAUGUGAUGUAUACAGUUUUGGAGUUGUUCUGCUUGAACUGAUAUCUUGCAGGCCAGCCAUAGAUGAAUAUAGGCCAUCCACAGAGCAAAAUUUGGUUGAGUGGGCAAGGCCUUAUCUUAGCAGCAAACGCAAAAUAUACCGGGUUUUUGAUCCUCACCUUGAAGGAAAAUAUGUAUUGAGUGGAGUGUUAAAAGCAGCAAAUCUUGCAGCCCAGUGCCUAUCAACAGAACCGAUUAUGAGACCAAUCAUGAAGGAAGUAGUGAAGGCAUUAGAGCAGAUAACUUUAAGAACACAUUAGGAUAUUGGUUUGUAUGAGCUUGAGCUGUACAAUAGACAGUGUAUUCUCAGAUAUAUAUAUAUAUAUAAAGAAUAACCUAGAUUUCAUUGUAUUGCAAAUACUUGCACAUUUAAAACAUCCUAUGAAGUUUAAGCAGGUAGUAGGAGCCAACCCAACUGACUCCUAUGCAGUCUUUGCCUGCUUCUUUGGUGGCCUGUGUUAAGGUCUGCUAGGAUCCCAAUAGUGGUUAUAAGCUGUAUUUGCCUUGUAUGAGUAUACACUUGUCACCCUUGUUAAUUGCUGCUUCACCAUUAAUUAUUCUACACUUCCUGUUCCUUGUGUUUUA